AUGGAUUUUAAAUCAGCUUUUGAAUUAGCGUAUAAUUCAUUAAAAGAAUUUCCUAAUAACAACAAUUUAAAAACUGAUUUAAAGGAUGUAUGUCUUUGGUCAUAUAACAUUAAUUUCGAGGGAUUUGACAAAACUUAUAUAUUAAGAAAACCUAAAGACUUUUAUGAAGUUACAUCAGUAUCUCAAGAGUAUCUUGUUUUAAGACAUUUAAGAAUAAAUGAUUUAAAAUUAAAUUUGAUAACCCAAAAACUUGAUGGAGAAAAUAACUCUGAUAUACUUGUUUGUGGUUACAAUAAUGGAAAAGACACGAUAAAUUUAAUAUUUAAGAUAAAAUGGGAUAUGAAUAAGGAGUUUGGAGGAAAAUUAUUUUCAAAUCCUGAAAAAGAGUUUGAAAAUAAGAACAAUUAUAUUUGGGAUAGAAUUGGUGCUAAACUUAUUAAUGAACCAAAAUUGGCUCUCAUUGAAGAAAUUGAAAAAAUAAUAGCAAAAUAA